AUGAGCGAGAAGAAGGCAAACUAUGGGUGGCUGAUGGCAGCAAAGGCUGCGAUCAAGGGUGUGGGAACCAUCAUGGAACGGGAGGUUCUGCCCAGGAGUGACGGACGCGACAUCGAGAUCAAGGACGCACUUUCCGUGCCAAGUAUGAGCAAGGAUCUGCUUUCGGUACUGCAGAUCAACAAGGGUCGCAAGUUCCAAGUCGUGUUCGAUGGGUCCAAGAUACAAGUAACGCGCAAGAAUUCCAAGCAAGUUGUGAUGACAGCGGAUCCCGUCGACGGAAUUUACUGGCUGCGGACUCCUCAACGAUCGACUAAUGCAGCGACACACAAUGGGGCCAUCGACUUACGCACGCACAUGGGUCAUGCAUCCCUCGAUGCUCUGCGCAAGAUGAUCGCCACCGGCAUGAUCAAGGCAGCCAAUACACCUCUCUCAUCAACUGGGCAAAGUGUGUGUCGCGGUUGCCAGCACGGGAAGAUGUUCCAAAAACCAUUCCCAACCAACCGUGACAAGUGUCACUAUAGUGUGUUUGAAUUGCUACAAUUCGACAUCUGCGGGCCAAUGUAA